GUGUUCUCCAGGAGGCGUGAUCACGUGACUCCGGGAAGAUGGCCGCCGUGACUGAGGAGCACUUCGCGGCGUUGCAGAGCCUGCUGAAGGCUUCCUCGAAGGAUGUUGUCAGGCAGCUGUGUCAAGACAGCUUUUCCAGUUCAGCCCUUGGCUCAAAAAAACUCUUGGACAUGACGUGUUCCAGCUUGUCUGUGACUCAGGAGGAGGCAGAGCGCCUGCUCCAAGCUCUGCACCGCCUCACCAGGCUGGUGACCUUCCGGGACCUGUCCUCUGCUGAAGCGAUUCUGGCUCUCUUUCCAGAAAAUUUCCACCAGAACCUCAAAAACCUGCUGACAAAAAUCAUCCUAGAGCAUGUAUCUGCUUGGAGAACUGAAGCUCAAGCAAGUCAAAUCUCUCUGCCACGCCUCGUUGACCUGGACUGGAGGGUGGAUAUCAAAACCUCCUCAGACAGCAUCAGCCGCAUGGCCAUUCCCACCUGCCUGCUCCAGAUGAAGAUCCAGGAAGAUCCCAGUCUGUGCGGGGACAAACCCUCCACCUCUGAUGUGACCGUGGAGCUGAGCAAAGAAACGCUGGACACUAUGUUAGAUGGGCUGGGCCGCAUCCGAGACCAGCUUUCUGCUGUGGCCAACAAAUGAACCGGUCAGCUGCCAGUGCCACUGCCACGUCCCGGCCGCGUGCUGUCUGUCUCCUCCCACAAGAAGGCAAGUUCAAAGUAGGCAAGAGAACCUUGCGUGUAAUUUUGGCUGUGAUUGCUCCACCUGCUAGAACUUGAAUUCCCUUCUCUUCAGAGCCCCACAAGAGCUGUAUCUGCAUCACCUCUCCGCAUCUGCUCAACGAACACCUUCCUUGGGCGAGAACCCACAGCCCUUUCCUUCUGUUGUUUGAAACUUGCUAAGACUUGCAAAUUAAAGUGCAGAUCUGAUCUCAGAGGGGGAGAAUCCCCGAGCUGAUUGGCUCCUCUUUCCUUUGAUGCUGAGCCCUUUGAUUUCUUCUACCUGCCUGCUGCCCCACCUCACUCCAUCUGCCGGCGCACUGGGACAGACCUCUGGGCCCAGCCCUCCUCCCCUGCCAUUCCUCCAUCAAAGGAAGGCAAGGUCCACCCGGAACCACCUUGGCUUCUCUGAAGCAAACACACUGUAGCAGAAAACGGAGACAGAAAUAAAGGACACAGAGGCGGGGACUGGGCUAUCCAAGGCCUGGUCUCAGAAGUCAGCUGAGAAGAUGGUUCUGAGGGCGCCUGGCCCAGUGGCUCAGAGCACUGCCAACACAGUCUUGGCCAGACUUUUCCCUGGGCAGCCAGCCGUCUCAGCCAAGCCAGAAGUCUGGAGAAAGCCCCAGGAAACUGUUUUCACGCCAGCUUUAUUUUGGACUCAUCCAGGGGUCGGGGGCAGGACUUUGAGCUGGUCCCGUAUCUUAUUUCCUUGUCUCUAUGUCUUGUCCUAGAUCUUGAAAGUCCUUGGAUAAUUUGAGAAAGAGAGAUAAUGACUAAUAUUUGUGAGCAUUUCUGCAGGCCAGAUACUGUUCUGAGCUUUUUCAUUUCUUGGAAUAUUUUGUUCACACUCAUCUGAGAAAUAAAGAUUAUUCUCACUUAAAA